AUGUCAACGUUACAUGUUGCACCUUUUUUAAUAUCGCAAUUAUUCACAAUCGUUAUGUGCAUUGAUUACUUAAAAGAAUCAGAGAAGCUGGCUAUGUACUAUGAAAAAACAUACGGUCACCAAUUAGUGUCGUUAGAACCAGACGAAAUUGAACUAAAAGCACUGAAAACACUUGCAUUUGGUAGCUGCCAUUCAUUACGCAAUGCGCCAACAGAAGGUACUACGAUUUGGGACAAAAUCUCAGCAUAUAAACCUGAUCUCUUUCUUUGGAUAGGAGACGCAGUUUAUUCCAAUGAGACAAACUGUGAUGUUGUCAAACAAGCGUAUAUAGAUAUGAAAAAGUACAAGCCGUAUGUGGAGUUCGCUAAGGAUACUAGGGUAGACGGGGUAUACGAUGAUCAUGACUAUGGAAUAAAUGAUGGAGACCGCUACUUCCCUUGCAAAUAUUUAACUAAAACAUACUUUCUGGAUUUUAUUAACAAACCAAAAGACCACUACAGAAGAAAUAGAGACGGUGUAUAUUUUUCAAUAGAAUAUAGAGAUCCAAAAAACCCUAAUAACGUUGUAAAAAUCAUUCUUCUUGACGUUAGGUUCAAUAGGGACCCAUAUAGACAUCAUUCACAUCGUGGCAAAGGGAAAAUAUCAUUUUUUUUAGAAUCAUUCAGGCGUUCAAUAGAUGCAUAUUUUAACCUCCAUUGCUCACACAAGGGGGAUUUUCUAGGUGAAACCCAAUGGCAAUGGCUUGAAGGCCAACUUCAUAAUUCGAAAGCCUCGGCUCAUAUACUGAUAUCUUCAAUCCAAGUAUACAACAAAUGCAAUUACCAAGAGUCGUGGAAACUCCUACCAUAUGCUCAAAAACGCCUCACGACAUUACUAUUUAAAACGCAGCCCAAAGGUCUAGUUAUUCUCUCCGGUGACGUGCACUAUGCAAAUAUAGAGGGAGAUCAGAAUUUAUAUGAAAUAACUUCUAGUAGUAUGACGCAUAGCUUCAAAAUUAAAUACAGCAAGAUAUCUUAUAUACUAUCAAUAUUAGCAAAGCAUAAUAGCAAUGAUCCAUACUUUUACAACAAUUUUGGGCUGAUAAAAUAUGAAUAUAAAGAUCAUAUGGAAGCUACUUAUCUCCUUGUAAAUGAUCAAGGUGAAAUAGUACGCACAUAUUUACAGCGAUUUGAUGAAUCAAUUAACCCUUAUCGGAACUUAUCAAAGAGCAACAUAUUGUGCUAUUUCUUCCACGAGUGCUUUAUGAUAUCAAAGUGCUUAGCGUUCUUAAUAUUUAUACUUGCAGUCCCAAUAACUUACUCAUUUUAUAUGAUAUUCAUUAAAUUCUACAAGAAGAAGGAAGCGUUUGAUACUUUGAUUUGA